AUGGCGACGAAUACCGAUACUUACCAGGCUGCGGCGCGGAACCAGAACAUGACCGCCGGCGGCAACGGUCCAAUGGAGAAGGACUACGGCAACGGUUACCACCUCGACAAGGACCACGAUCCAGAACGCGCUCUUGAGCGCAUCAGGACCACUGGCAGCCUGUCCAUCUCCCCUGAGCUCUUCGAGAAGAUCUACCUGUCGCCACAGAAUAGAGUUGCUGGCGAUCUUCGAAAGACUUUUGGUAACCCAACGCCUCUUGCACUCGUCGGUUUCCUGCUUUCCCUCUCACCACUCUCGUGCAUCCUUAUGGGCUGGCGAGGCGCAGGAGGCAAUGGCGCAUCCGACACUGGUGUCUACUUCGGCUUCGGUGGUGUAUUGAUGAUUCUCGGGGCUAUCGGCGAGUGGAUCAUCGGUAACACCUUCCCCUUCGUCGUCUUUGGCAGCUUCGGUGCCUUCUGGAUCUCAUGGGGCAUGACUCUUCAACCAUUCUACAAUUCCUACGGCGCCUACUCAACCACUGGUGUCGUUGCUGAGGGUCUUACCGAGCCCAAAUUCUACGCCAGCUUUGCUUUCUUCCACCUCUUCAUGGGCGUCCUCUGCUUCAUCUACAUGAUCUGCUCCCUGCGCACCAACAUCGUCUUCUUCGGCAUCUUCGCCACGCUCGUUCCGGGCUUCGGGUGUCUCGCUGGCGCUUUCUGGCAGACCGCUCUUGGCAAUGUGGCGUUGGCGACUAAGUUGCAGAUCGCUGCUGGCGCGUUGACAUUCAUCGCGGACAUGCUCGGCUGGUGGAUCUUCUUCGCCAUCUUGUUGGCUUCUUUGGACUUCCCAUUCCAGCUUCCUGUUGGCGAUCUUUCUCACAUUAUCAAGGGUGCUAGUGAUAAGAAGAAGGAGAAGGAGGCACAAUAUGAUGCUUAG